UGACACUAAAUCCAACUGUGGGCAGGGAUCUUGAAUCCCGUGCAUUCCCUACAACCAAUCUGUAUUUUCGCUUUGCCAAAGAGGAGACAUGGAUGAUGACACAACACUGACAAACUCAGUAGAUUCCCAGUCUUCAGGAGAUGUUAUCACUUUCAACCUUACUGGAAAGUCACAAGAACCCUCAAAAAGGCAUAAAAAGAGACUUUGUAUCUCUAAAAUUAUCACCACUGUCAUCUUCUUCCUGGUGAUUUUGAUAACUACACUGGCCUCAAUUUUAUCAGUCAAAAAAGACAAAUCUUCCACUGAAUGUAUGCCAUGCUUGAAUGGCUGGAUUGGUUACCUGGGAAAGUGCUUCUAUUUUUCUGAAAAUACAAGAACCUGGGCAGCAAGCCAGAACUUCUGUGCGUCUCAUGCAGCCACUCUUGCUGUCUUCAACACCACAAAAGAACUGGAUUUCCUGAAACGAUAUUCUGACCAUUCUCAAUAUUGGAUUGGACUGGGUCGAGAACCAGGACAGACCUGGAAAUGGAUAGAUGGAACCAUAUACAGUGGUUGGUUUAAAAUAAUUGGAAUCGGAGAAUGCGCCUAUCUACACAAAAUUGGGAUUAGCAGUGCCAGUAAGCUUUAA